AUGUUUCCAUCGGUUUAUUCGACAAUAAAAAUGAGUUUUUCAUUAACUAAUAAUGAUCGUUUAUUAUCACCAUCGAUUCAUUUAGGAUCAAUUCAUGAAAUUUACAAUAUUCCAAUGAAAGAUAUUAAUUGUCCAUUUCCAUCAAUAGUUGAUGAAAUAAAAGCUCAUAAACAUUUAAAUUCAGAUACUAUUCCUGCUAAAUUAAUGCAAACUAUUUUAAAUAAUUUAAAAAAUUAUUUUGGACCAUCUUUACCUAAUUUAAAAUACAUAUAUAAUAAAUAA